GACCAUCCGUAAUCUAAUCUUGCGACGGGCGGCGCAAAUAAACACGAGGACACAAGCAAAAUGAUCCGUCAGUCCGUCACACAGCGGCCAUUCCAGCUACAGCCACUGUGUCGCGUAUCAAUUAACGUUUCACUUUCUCGCAUCAUCUACUGUCUCAACUUGUAACUCUGAAGGACCAUUCCCUGUGUUGUCCACCACAAACAUCCGAUUUAUUUUAAGGAUAUAAAGAUUUUUACUCUCAGACUUAACAUUAUAAUCCUGUAUGGUCGUAACGGAAUCCAUACAUUCAUAAAGCUUAAUCCAAAUAGCAAACAAUUUAUCACUUAACAUAACUAUUACCCAAGUCAAGAGUUACUAGAGGUACAACUUUGCUGCCGAAAAGUGCUAAACUUGCGGAACAGCACCGCCGCCUAAUGUCACUAUGAGGGCAUUUCAGACACGACAAUCAGUUUUAUUGCAUUUUAAUGGUCGGUA